AAGAAAUUUACAAGUACAAAUACACAGCCCAUCGAUUUCUCUAACGCGCUGCACUGCAGUACUGCACACAUCCAGUUGCAUUUGCAGUUCCUAAUAAGAGAUUUCGUUUCUUUACGAGCAAAAGGAGUUUUGCUAGGGCUUUGUAAUUUCGCCACAAUAAACCCAAAAAAAAAACUCUCUCUUAAAAAUCCCCUGAAAUUUCGAUCACAAAUGGCUUUCGCCUCCGCAUUUCGUCGGAUUUUGAGUGGCUCACCGUCGCCGUCUCUGAACACACGAGCGCAGUUCGCUUCACUUCGCCUCAAUUCCACGCUCGUGACUCUCACCUCGCCCAAGCUUUUUAUUAGUGGUCUUUCACGAGUCACGAGUGAUGAAAGCCUCUCCAAUGCAUUUGCUUCAUUCGGAAGGCUUCUAGAGGCAAAAGUGAUAUUCGAUAGGACUACCGGUAAAUCAAAGGGUUUUGGUUUCGUCACGUACGAGUCUGUGGAGGAAGCCAAAAAAGCACGUGAGGGGAUGAACGCAAAGUAUCUUGAUGGAUGGGUCAUUUUCGUGGACCCUGCUAAGCCAAGGGAGGCCCAAUCUCGCGGGCCUCCAAGGCAGAACACACAGUCGGCCCAGAAUGGAUUCACGGCGAACAAGACUGUCGGGUUUAGUGGUUUUUGAAAUCUCGUUUGAUAUGUUUAUGCAAAAUCUGUUUCAGAAAUAUUUUUUUCCUUUUGGGAAAAAUCAAAAUGCUUAUUGUAAGAUGAAAACCCUUGUACUCCUUACCUAGUUUAUGACUCUAUGCUAUUUGGGUCUGAUUAUUGUUAUUAUAAAGAGUGAUGACUUUGUUGAGGAGUGGAUUGGUAACCAUUUGUGUCAAGUUUUUUACUAUGUGUUCGUAUGCAACUUAGCAUCUGGUG